UAUCUUCAGUAGGCAGAGAGAUUAAUAUUGAGGAGAACAUCUCUCCAGAAAUAAGCACAUCUUUACCAACAGUGGAUGAAGUGUUGAAACUCUUCUAAAUGAAUCUGAUGAUUGUGUUUGUGUCUCUGUACAUGUUGAGUCCCAUCAGAAGAGUUCAAAACAGUCAAGAGUUGAUUUCUGCAUUCUUCAUGUCAAGAUUAAUCCUGGACUUGAACUCAAACACUGCUGCUGAGCUGAUUGGCUGAAGUGUGUUGAGUUGUCCACUAUAAACUGGUGUAGUGUCAGGAAGACAAAGAGUGAGGCUGAUCUGAGAGGAAGCUGCAGAAGCACAGGAAGAGCUGCUGCUGUUUAAACAAGAGCUCAACAUAUAUAUAUAUAUAUAAAGCAGAAGACGAGUGUCAGACACACAGAAUGGCUGAUAGGAGUCCUCUGUUUCUGCUGCUCAUCUUCUGGACACUCAGCACAGGUGUGUUUGGAGAGACUCAUGUGUUCAGCAGUUCUGGAGAAACUGUUUAUCUGCCCUGUAGAAACACUGAUCAACACUGCAGAACAUCAGGAACUACAUGGACCUACAGCAGAGACAGACAGACAGCAACAGUUGCAAUGUUUACUUUAGGGGAAAAGAAGAGAAACUCAGAGAGACUGAAUCUGGGCUCUGACUGCUCUCUGAUCAUCAGUAGAGUCACAACAGAAGAUGCUGGAAUUUACAUCUGCCAGCAGUGGAGUGGACGAGGAGGACACCAGUAUGGAGCUGAUUCACGUGUGUUUCUGCUUGUUGUUGCUGUCUCUCCAUCAUCAUCAUCUUCAUCAUCAUCUUCAUCUGAUAUUGGUCCGGGUCUCUCUCUGACUCUCUCCUGUCGGCUGGUCUUGUAUUCUGGAUUCUCCUGUGAUGGUUUGUUCAGUUCUGAGGAUCUUCAUCUGUCCUGGGUGAAUGAGGCUGGUGUUGAUCUGAACACAGACUCCAGAUAUCAGAUCUCUUCUACAGGCUGUAUCAUCAGUCUGUCUACAACACUCAUCAGUGAAGAUGAAGAUAAACAGUGGAGAUGUGGAGUCUAUCAGAGAAAUCAACUGAAGACCUCAGACACGUUUACUGUCCACUAUUCAGCUGAAGCUAAAACAAAAACAACAACAACAACAACAACAACAACAGCAGCAGCAGCAGCAGCAACAACAACAACAACAACAAAGACUCCAGACCACAACAAAAACAAGAAAUCAAAAAACCCCAGAGCUUCUUCACCAGCUCCAGAUUCUAAAACUAAAGCAGAGCUGAAACCACAAACAGAAACAUCAGCAGAGACACCUAAAGCUGAAGCUCAAACAGCAGCAGCAGCAGUGACUCCAGACCACAACACAAACACAACAACACAAGCAGCAGGAUCUUCAUCAGCAGUGCUUUCAGUUCUGCUUUCUGCUGCUGCUUUGGCUGUUUUCAUCGCUGCUGUUCUGUGUUUGAUCCAGCGCAGAAGAAGAGCUGCAGCUCAUCAAAGAGCGAGCGGUGAAUCAGCGGUCAAAGAUGAGAAUCAAGUCCACUAUCAAACAAUCUACAUGUCCAUUAAUCCUGCUGCCAGAGCCCAUGAGCAGACGGAGGAUUCAGUCACUUAUUCUGAGGUCACUUGUGCUGGGAAAAAGCCGGAGAAAUCAGCCAGUGAUGAUGAUGGUAAUGACUCAGUGACUUACGCCGCCGUCAGCAGAAGAGCUUAAUGUGUGCAGAAGAAGAAAAAGAGCCUUCAGGAAUAAAGAUCAACACAAACAGGCAGAAAUCACAGCAGCAUCACUGCAGCAUUUCAGGAGCACAAGUUUCCCUCAAAUGCGCAGAUUCAGGACUUUAGUGUGGAGAAUUGGAGAGAUUUAGAGCAGAACAAACACAGCUGGAAUAUUACUGCACUGGAAAGAGGACAAAGCAGCUGUUCUGAAGGAGAGAAAGAAAGAAAGAAAGAAAGAAAGAAAGAAA